AUGUUGGCGAAGGUGAGGGCCCGUAUGAGGAAAUCACAGCUAAACCGGCAGAUUGCAUCAGGCGGACGUGCAGACACUGCCACCCACGUCUACUGUUGUACGGACUGUGGUCUGACUUACGCCCGGAAACAGUCUUUGGAUCGGCACAUUUCGGUUGUGCAUCACCAGGAGGCAACCUUUGUCUGCGAGUACUGUGAUUUUGAGGCCACUGACCGUACAACCUUCUCGGAGCACAUGGCUCGUCAUUUUAACCUGAAAGAUGUCGCCUGUGAGUUCUGCAACCACCGGUGCAUCAGUAAGCGUGAGUUGAAGGACCACAUCCUGUUCAAGCACCAGGAUGAACGCAGUUACGCAUGUUCGAUCUGCGCCAAAACCUUUAAG